AUGGGUUCAAUUUCAGCUUCUCCAUCUCUCAUCAUUGAACUUGCAAGUGCUGUGUCCUCUGCAGCAAAGGAUUUAGACACGAAAUUACAGUCUCAAGGUCUUCCACAGCCAUCCUUUGGAGCUGACGGUCCGACAUAUGUUGUUCCCAAGGAUGCGCCUAAAGCAGCCCAUGAAGCCCGUGUGGCAACCGCUGAAGCAGCCCUGAAGCUAUUCAAUCUUGUGUCUGGCCCCAGCGAACUUCUACCGAAUAUGACAGCCAGUUAUCACACCAUUUUUGCCCUUCAAUGGCUGCAUCAUUUCGAUGUUUUUUCUCGCAUUCCUCUUGAUGGUACGGUGUCAUAUGAGGCCCUCGCUACUGAAGCAAACGUACCUGAGUCUUUACUCAAGAGCGUCGCGCGCUUGGCAAUGACAAGCAACAUUUUGGCAGAACCAACUACCGGCCAAGUUGCGCACACAGCCAAUUCUGCCAUGUUUCUCAAGUUUCCUAAUACACGCGACUGGGCAUCAUACAUGUUCACUGCCUCGAUUCCUACGGCUGCUGCCAUGGUUGAGGCUACAGAAAAGUGGCCAGGAAGCGUAAAGAAGACUGAGACAGCAUACAACGUCGCAUUCGGUCAUGAUUUGCCCUUCUUUGAUCAUUUGUCCCAGAGCCCUGUCUUGACAAAGCAGUUUUCAGGAUACAUGAGAAGUGUGACUGAUGGCCAGGGCAUGGAUCUCUCUCAUCUCGUCAAGGGAUUUGACUGGGCCAGCUUGCCGGAGAAUGCCCUAAUCGUUGAUAUUGGAGGCUCUACAGGUCAUGCAAGCUACGCUCUGGCCGCUGCUUAUCCACACUUGCGCUUCGAGGUACAAGACCUUGACGCCGUGGUCAACGGAGAAAAAGCUACCAAAGAACAUGAAGAAGCGGCAAAGAAGCACGUACUAGGUACUGACUCUCAAGUUUCCUUCAAAUCACACAAUUUCUUCGAACCGCAGCCAACCAAGGACGCAACCGUUUACAUGCUACGAAUGAUCAUUCAUGACUGGCCAGAUGCCGAAGCCAGGACCAUUCUAAGCAACCUUGUCCCAGCACUUGAGUCAUCCAAGGCAACCCUCCUCAUUAUGGACACGGUUCUUCCGUCUCCCGGAAGUAUCCCGUCGGUACGAGAGCGUGUCAUAAGAACUCGCGACUUGACCAUGCGUCAAGUUUUCAACGCCAAGGAGCGUGGUGUAGAUGACUGGGAGGCGCUCUUACGUGAAGCGGAUUCUAGGCUAACCUUGAAGAAUGUGCGACAGCCGGAAGGAAGCAACAUGUGCUUGUUGAACAUUAGCUUACAGGAUCAUUAG